AUGACUGAAAAGAAUGUCCAGGGCUUGACCUUAGAAAUAACCAAAGAAGUGGAGUCUUUAAGAAAUUCCAACUUGGUUACAGGAGCAAGAAGAAUGUUCGGGACAGUGGAGCCAUUUGAUAAACUGGACACGCCAGCUAUGCUUACAUUGGAGUCAGCGUUGGACGGAGAGCAGAUUUCCAGACAGGCCCCCCCAGAGGGUUCUCCAGUCGUUGCAGAUUGUAAAAUGAAAGCCAAAGAGAAGUACCAGUCUGACCUGUGGUUAGAAAUUGAACACUUGAAUAAGGGUAUCAUGCAACAAGACCUAAGUUCAUCUUCCUUGGUGCUUUUCUAUAAGACCACCAGCACUGUGACUCAGCAUGACAAUGAUUCAGUUGAGUACAUACUUGAGCAGAAUCUGAAGAGCAAGUUUUACAUUAGUUCCGGAUCCACUUCUCCAUCCUCACACAGUGGAGAUGAAGCUGAUCCAGUUAAGAAUAAGACCCACCAGUUCUUCCUCACGUCCUUUACUGCUCCCACCAAGUGUCACCAAUGUACGUCUCUGAUGGUGGGUUUGAUAAGGCAGGGCUGCAUCUGUGAUGCAUGUGGGUUCUCAUGUCACACAACUUGUGUAGAAAAAGUUCCAAGGUCUUGUCCAGUGCCUUCUCAACAGAAGAAAGGUGUACUCUGCCUAGCCCCUCAGGAAGGCUUGGGGACAGUCUAUGAAGGUCAUGUCUGGAUCCCCAAAAAAGCAGGAGUGAAAAGAGGGUGGCAGAGAGCAUUGGCUAUAGUUUGUGACUUCAAACUCUUCCUGUAUGACCUGGAUGAAGAAAAAGACUUGAAACCCAAUGUCGUAGUGAGUCAAGUGAUUGACAUGAGGGAUGGCUCAUUUUCUGUCAGUUCCAUCUGGCCCUCUGAUUUUAUUACUGUAAGAAGAAAGGAAAUGCACCGUAUGUUUAAAGUUACCGCUUCACAGCUAUCUGCACCUAGUAAUAAAUAUUCCAUCCCAAUAUUAGCAGAUAGUGAGAAUGAGAAAAGUGAGUGGGUGGGAGUGCUCAGUGAAUUGCACAAGAUUCUGAGAGCAAGUCAUUCCAGAGACCGCUCAGUCUAUGUUCUGAAAGAGGCUUAUGACAGCAGUCUACCCCUGAUCAAAACCACCCAGACCGCUGCAAUCAUAGAUCACAAAAGGAUUGUUCUGGGAAAUGAAGAGGGUUUAUUUGUGGUUCACAUCACCAUAGAUGAAAUCAUUCGAGUUGGUGACAUGAAGAGGAUCCAUCAGAUAGAGCUCAUCCCCCAUGGACAGAUGGUGGCGGUGAUCUCAGGACGAAGUCACCAUGUACAGUUGCUUCCCAUGUCAGCUUUGGAUGGCCGCAAGGCUGAUGUCCACAAGCUGGCAGAGACCAAAGGCUGCCAGAUGAUGACUUCUGGACCAGUAUGCCGUGGGGCCCAUACGUGCCUCUGCGUAGCUCGGAAAUGCCGGGUCUUCUGCUAUGAGCUGUAUCAGAGCAAGAAAAUCUCUCACAGAAAAUUUAAAGAGCUUCAGGUCCCAACCAGUGUCCAGUGGAUGACCAUCUUCAGUGAACAGCUUUGUGUAGGGUUCCAGUCAGGAUUCCUGAGAUACCCCUUGAGGAGAGAGGGAGUCCCACACAGAAUGCUCCACUCUCACGACCCUACACUGUCGUUUAUUGUGUGUCAACCAGUGGAUGCGCUCUGUGCAAUCGAGAUCUCCAGUAUAGAGUAUCUGUUAUGUUUUAAGAGCAUUGGAAUAUACACUGACAGCAGGGGCCUCAGGUCGCGGUCAAUUGAAUUGAUGUGGCCAGCAACUCCCACUUAUUGCUGUUUCAAUGCCCCAUAUCUCUCUGUGUAUAGUGAAAAUGCGGUUGACAUCUUUGACGUGAACUCCUCAGAAUGGAUCCAGACCAUCCCUCUUAAUAAGGUUCGGCCCUUGAAUAGUGAAGGAUCCCUAAACAUAUUAUUUUUGGAGACAGUUAGAUUAAUAUAUUUCAAAAAUAAGAUGAAAAAUGGAGAUGAGCUGAUAUUUCCCAAAACAUCAGAUACUCAUCAAAGGCAAAUGAUUCAGCACCUCAACAGCAAGCGGCGUUAUUCCUUCAGAGUCCCCAAAGAGAAGGGAACAUCCCCAAAGGGACUCUGA